AUGGAUAUCGACGCAGAGACACUCUUUGUUCAUCUUGGCAAACGUUAUGAAGAUGUCUUUGCGGAAAGUCCCAACAUGCAAGCCUUUAUCCAACAGGCAGCCACAAAGCUGCCGCCUCAUAGAAAAGUGCUAGAUGCUGGAAGUGGAACUGGGAAACCAGUGGCUCACAUCCUUAGCUCAGCUGGCCACAGUGUGCAUGGGAUCGGUGUGUCGAAAGAAAUGGUAAGGAUUGCCAGUUCCCAAGUUCAGGGAACUUUCCAAAUAGCAGACAUGAGGGAGUUUAAACCGAGAACUAUACUCAAUGUGUUUCAAGUUUUCGAAGUGGCUACAAGCCGGUGGAACUUUAGUGAUUGGAGUGCGCCCACCGAGCAGUGUAUCUAUGAUCCAACGUGGAGUUGCGCACGGCAGAUUAAAAAACCGUGGAUGAGUCAUUAUACAAAGGAGACAUUCUUUUCAGAGGAAGGAUGGCGUCGACUGCUAGCGGAUGCGGGGUUCGCGGUCGAGGAAGAUUCUUCGUGGUUAUUCUCUGGCAAGGAUUCCGAAGCCUGCGAGGUGCAACAUCUUUUUCGCACUCGAAAGGUUGAAAAGGUAUCGACUGCCGAGAGCUUUAUGAAUUACCUUAAAGUGAAAGACAUGGAAACCAUUGCCGAGCUCAUGGAACCAAACUCUAGCAUCCUUACACUCGGGGUUCCAAAUAAUGGGGUACAAGGUCUUGGUUCUAAAACCGAGGAAUUCGACGGACCAGUGGAGGACCUGCCUUUCUCUACCGGUAGUUUCGAUGCGGUGCUAUCAGCCUGGAAGCUUGAUUCAGCUAGUAGCCUGGAGAAACCAGUGGGGGAGUUAGUCCGGGUCGUCGAUACCUCUUCUCGACAAGCUCAGGUUGUCCUUCUCCAAGGGGCACCCGAUAGUGAAGUUCUCAAGCUUCUGAGAGGGAUAGCCCCAGCACCUUUUCUGAACCACCAAGGGAGUCUUCUCCACUCGGCUAGUAAUAUAUUGGCUGAUCAUAGCUUUGGAAACUUAUCGUUCCGUCGUCCACGCACAUUUUGA